GUCUAAAUACGGUAAAAGCAUGGACGCAAAACCCAGCCGCCGCCAUUUUGAAAGGUGUUAGAUUCACCACGUGAGGAGGAAGUGAGUGAGGAAAGAAGACGGAGCAAUCGAGCGGCGCGGCUGAAGCAGGCGAACCUGAGCCAUCACUCAACUCUACUCGUCUUGACUACCCGGGCUAACUUUAGCUACAUGUGCUGAGGUCGAGGGGGAAACGGAUCUCAACUGCAACGAUGCCGACAGUUACUUUACCGCCGAAAGAGAACGCUCUCUUCAAGAGGAUUUUGCGAUGUUACGAACACAAGCAGUACAGAAAUGGGCUCAAGUUCUGCAAACAAAUUCUGUCCAACCCCAAGUUCGCAGAGCAUGGAGAGACCCUGGCGAUGAAGGGAUUGACCCUGAACUGUCUGGGGAAGAAGGAGGAGGCCUACGACCUGGUGAGAAGAGGCCUGCGCAAUGAUCUCAAGAGCCACGUCUGCUGGCAUGUAUACGGCCUACUGCAACGCUCGGAUAAGAAGUACGAUGAGGCCAUCAAGUGUUAUCGCAACGCUCUGAAGUGGGACAAGGACAACCUGCAGAUCCUCCGAGACCUGUCCCUGCUGCAGAUCCAGAUGAGAGACCUGGAGGGCUACAGGGAGACACGGUACCAGCUGUUGCAGCUGCGUCCUGCGCAGCGGGCCUCCUGGAUCGGCUACGCCAUCGCCUAUCACCUCCUGGAAGACUACGAAAUGGCUGCAAAGAUCAUUGAAGAGUUUCGGAAAACACAACAGACGUCUCCAGACAAAGUGGACUACGAAUACAGCGAGCUGCUGCUGUACCAGAAUCAGGUGCUGAGAGAAGCAGGCCUUUACAAGGAGGCUCUGGAGCAUCUGUCCAACUAUGAGAAGCAGAUCUGUGACAAACUGGCUGUAGAGGAGACUCGAGGAGAGUUGCUGUUGAAGUUGGAGCGUCUGGAUGAUGCAACAGAGGUCUACCGCCGUCUGCAGGAGAGGAACCCAGAGAACUGGUCCUAUUACCGUGGCUUGGAAAAUGCCCAAAAGCCAGGCGGUGUAGAAGAGAGACAAAAGAUCUAUGAAGACGCCUGGGAGAAGUUCCCUAAAGGACUGGUUCCUCGCCGACUGCCCCUCAACUUCCUCUCUGGUGAGAAGUUCCGAGAGUGUCUGGACCGGUAUCUGCGGUUGAACUUCAGUAAAGGCUGUCCGCCAGUCUUUACCACCCUUAAAUCACUGUACAACAACAAAGAAAAGGUGUCAAUAAUAGAAGAGUUGGUCGUCAGCUAUGAAACCACAUUAAAAAGCUGCAGAAUGUUCAACCAGAACGAUGACGGUAAGGAGGAACCGCCCACCACGUUGCUCUGGGUGCAGUACUUCCUGGCGCAGCACUACGACAUCAUUGACCAACAGACACUGGCUCUAGAAUACAUCAACGCAGCCAUUGAGAGCACACCUACGCUCAUUGAACUUUUCCUUAUAAAAGCUAAGAUUUACAAGCAUGCUGGGAACAUCAAAGAGGCUGCUCAGUGGAUGGAUGAGGCACAGGCUCUGGACACCGCUGACCGAUUCAUCAACUCCAAGUGUGCCAAGUACAUGCUGAAGGCUGGUAUGGUCAAAGAGGCCGAGGAAAUGUGCUCCAAGUUCACCCGGGAGGGAGCGUCUGCAGUGGAGAACCUCAACGAGAUGCAGUGCAUGUGGUUCCAGACGGAGUGUGCACUCGCCUACAAGUCCAUGAACAAGUUUGGGGAGGCCCUCAAGAAGUGCCACGAGAUUGAAAGGCAUUUUGUGGAGAUCACAGACGACCAGUUUGAUUUCCACACCUACUGCAUGAGAAAGAUGACGCUACGCUCCUACGUGGACCUGCUGAAGCUGGAGGACGUGCUUCGGAUGCAUCCCUUCUACUACAAGACUGCUGUCAGUGCCAUCCAGAUCUACCUGAGCCUCCAUGACAAUCCCCUGACUGACGACAGCAAGGAGCUGCAGGCCGAAACUGCUAACUUCUCAGACAAAGAGCUGAAGAAGCUGCGGAACAAGCAGCGGAGAGCCCAGAAGAAGGCCCAGCUGGAGGAGGAGAAGAAGAUUGCAGAGAAAGAGAAGCAGCUUAAGAACCAGAAGAAGAAGAAGGAAGAUGACGACGAGGAGAUCGGAGGACCCAAGGAGGAACUAAUUCCUGACAAGCUGGUCAAGGUUGAAUAUCCACUGGAAGAAGCGGUCAAAUUCCUGAUACCUCUCAAACACCUGGUCAAGGACAAAAUAGACACACACCUCCUGGCCUUUGAGAUCUACUUUAGAAAAGAAAAAUACCUGCUGAUGCUCCAAUCUGUGAAGAGGGCGUUGGCCAUUGACCCAGACCAUCCAUGGUUACACCAGUGUCUAGUACGCUUCUUUAAAGGAGUCUCAGAGAGCACGGAGCUGCCAGAGGUGGUCCGGACGGUGCUGAAGCAGGAGAUCACCCGGCUGUUCGGAGACAGCAACGCGAUGAGCUUCAACCAGGCCUACCUCACCAAGCACUCUAACUCCAUACCACACCGACUGGCUGCUGCGAAGAUGAUGGUGUAUCUGGACUCAUCGACAGAAUCCAAGGCAGCAGAGCUGGCCACUGCACUAGAUGAGUCACUCAACAACAGAACCAUACAGAUCUGCACGGAGGUCCUGGAGUGUCUUCGGGGAGCUGUGCUGGGCGACUGUAAGGAGCGCGCAGAGUCGUACCGUGCAGAGUGUCGCAAGCUUUACCCGUACACAUUAGCUUUUACACCUCCGGGAUACGAGGAGAACACCAAGAUCGCCAAUGGAGAUCUUUCCACGGAAACGGAGGAGCUAGCCAAUGAGAUGUGAGCGCGAUGGAACAGCAAAUGAGAGAAGGAAUUGGGCCGAGCACGGAGCCUUGUGGUACGCCUGGCAGCCAUUUUGUAGAGCCAGACACGGGGAAGCGAAAAUGUGUGUUUCGUUCUUUGGCUCGGCUUAAUCAGGUCUGUCCUGGCAUGGCUUGGCUCUCUCCCACGUGGUGGAAAUCAGGACUGUGUGUGUGUGUGUGUGUGUGUGUUUGUGUUUGUUGAGAGCAUGUGUGCGGUUGUGUAUUUGUGGGAAAGAGGGGGGGGGGGGGGGGGGUUGAAGAGGAAGAUAACGGAAUGGCCAUUUUACUUUUUUAAUAAAGCUGACAUCCAAGCUGAAAAUUAAAAUAAACAAUAGUUAUUGGCAAACUGUCGGGAGAGACUGUGACGGACUGACACGACUGUCUGUUUCCUUGGAGAUGAUCAACAACGGUGACCGCAACCACUCGAGUUUGACUCAGUGCUUUUCUGACACACGCCUAUCGCACACUGCGUUCCCCCUUAUUUUUAAAAGCUCAUUUAAAUGAUAAUAGGACACAACUGUCACUGGGGGACGGGAGACUGAGCUGAGUGGAUCUGAUCUCUGACGGAUCUGUAGGAAGCUAAGCAGGAGGAGUUACUGAAGACCCAAAGUAGACACUGAGGACAUCCAGCAACCACAGGCACAUCUGUAUCUGUCUACAUGUGGCAGGGCAGCAGAGUGUGAGCAAGGCUCCAGCUCUGCCGGCGUACAGCACGAAGGACCUUGCCUCACAUGUGAACAGUCUUUUUCUUCUUUUUUUUCCCCUCACAGUUCCUGUUUAAACUUUUGGAAUAUGUAAUCCUUUGUCUGUUAUAAUGGAGCACCUUGUAGCACAGAUUAAAAACUAAAGGUUGUGUGAUGUGCGCCAUUUCAAGUACAGUGAUUCUGUUUAACACUUUUACAUAAUUGAGAGUUGGAUUGAUCUAAGCAAUACCAUAGACACCUUCCUGUCCUAAAUGGAUGACUGAAACUCUUAUUGAUGAUACUCAUUGCUAGAACGGGUUCUCCUGGCAGUCACUUGCGUUGUUGCUGUUGUCACUUGUUAGAAAUGGUUUUAUCUGCAUGUACACAGGGACUCUUAACAGUCUGAAGUAGGAUGUUUCCACUCCGAGGGGCUCUUCUCUGCUAAUUAAAAUGGCUCCUCAAAAGGUCAGAGUUCAGCAUCCAAGCCCAUUGCCCGAAGUGACAGAAGGGAAAAUGUUAACUACUGCAUCUGGAAUUUGUUAUUUUAUCUGUUCCGCCCUCUUUUUUUCCCCCAAUAAUCUAUUUUCUUCCCCGUUUUCCUCUGAUUUGGGUUCUAAUGUGAAAGAUGAAAUCUGAGAUGGAAAUGUAUGAUAUCUCUGGAUUUUUGUAUUAAAACCAAACGAAAGAAAACAAAU